AACCACAUUCUAUAAGAGGCAGCACUCGGCCCUAGUACCUUGCAGUGACUUGUAGCUUCUAUUUUGUUAACAAAAAAAGGACACAUUAAUAAAUCAAGAUGGAUCUAAGGACGUUUGCCGCAUUCUUGAUCAUGGCAGUCUGUUUCAUUAAGCAGUCGGAUGGUCAGAUCACUGCAUGGGCAGAAACUGGCGGUAAUUCAGCAACAAUCACAGGAGCAUCUGGCACUAUGACAGUUGCAGCCCUAUCGGAAAGCGUAGCUGCGAAUGGCGCACUGUUUACUGUGACUGCUACACCGACAGGCACAGACACGAUAGCUUCUUAUGCGUUCACAACAGGCGGGAACCCCGGCACCGCUGGUACUAUUGCCACUGCUACGUCAGGUGCUGUCACCGCCACGAAUGCUAUUAGUGAUUCUAUAGCAACAAGCUAUGUAUUUGAAAUCAUGUAA